ACACAAACCUAAGUCAACUUUCCAUUGUUUCUUUGUCGAAGAUCCCUUUUGAAAAAAAGGGGUUGUUGAAAAGGUUGCGUUUUGUGUAGUACAAAUAUCAGUUUUGUGUUAUUUGUACUUCUUUUUUCUUGCAGUACAACACAAAUUUUAGGUUCUCACUCUGGCUAUUUCGGUUGCUGUUAAGAUCAAUUGAGCAUAAAUUGAGGAUUGUUGUUAUUCUGUCAUGUAAUAGAGGAGUAGAAGAUUGAAAAUUCAUCCAUUUCUCUGAGUAUCUUGGUUUAAAAAACAGGCAAAAACGACUAUCCCCUAGUCAAAACUUUUGAUUUUUCAUCUAUUACGGUAUGUACUUUUGAUGGGGUUGAAUUUGUUGCUUUAUUCUCAAAUUCUCGUCUAAUAUUCAACUAUUUAGACUUCCCCUUUCUGAGUUCUACUUGCUUGGGACUAUAAAAAUGUUAGAUAGUUGAAUCAGAUUGGAUUGAAGAGUUUGGUUAUUCAAAUGGGGAACUCAAACAUAGAAGAAGUACAAGAAAUUGAGACUGCUGAAAGUAUUGAUGAAGAGAAGACUCAUGAUAAGGCAGAGGAUGUAAAAAGAAUUGCACCUUGGACUAGACAGAUUACACUCCGGGGUGUUAUUGCAAGUAUAGUAAUAGGUAUUAUGUACAGUGUAAUAGUGAUGAAGCUUAAUCUUACAACAGGUUUAGUCCCAAAUUUGAAUGUCUCUGCUGCUCUUAUUGCGUACGUCUUUAUAAAGGCAUGGACUACGUUGCUUGAGAAAGCUGGAAUUGUAUCCACUCCCUUUACACGGCAGGAAAAUAGUGUAAUUCAGACAUGUGCCGUGGCUUGUUACAGCAUUGCUGUUGGAGGCGGCUUUGGAUCCUACUUGUUUGGUUUGAGCAAGAAGACAUACGAGCAAGCAGGUGUGGACACAGACGGAAAUGCUCCUGGAAGUACCAAAGAAUUUGGAAUUGGUUGGGUCACUGCCUUCCUUUCUGUCAGUAGUUUUGUUGGACUUCUUGCAUUGGUUCCCCUUAGAAAGAUCAUGAUUCUAGACUAUAAAUUGACUUAUCCAAGUGGAACUGCAACUGCUGUUCUCAUCAAUGGUUUCCACACACCAAAAGGGGACAAGAUGGCAAAGAAGCAGGUUCGUGGGUUCGCUAAAUACUUUUCAUUUAGCUUUCUCUGGGCACUAUUCCAAUGGUUUUAUUCUGGGGGGGAGAAAUGUGGAUUUUCACAGUUUCCUACAUUUGGAUUGAAAGCUUGGAAAAAUUCGUUUUACUUUGAUUUUAGCAUGACCUACAUUGGAGCAGGGAUGAUAUGCUCCCAUCUUGUGAACCUGUCAUUGCUUUUCGGUGCUAUCCUUUCCUGGGGAAUAAUGUGGCCCUUAAUGAAAGGACUUAAAGGGCACUGGUAUCCUGGAUCUCUUCCAGAGAGCAGUAUGAAAAGCCUCAAUGGUUACAAGGUAUUUGUAUCGAUUGCUUUGAUACUUGGAGAUGGGCUUUAUCAUUUCCUUAAGAUUUUGUAUUUCACUGGCUCAAGCAUGUAUGCAAAAGCAACUAACAAGAAGCUGAAAACAUUUCCGGAUGAUUCAAUCCAAGCUUUUGAUGAUCACCGACGGAAUGAAGUGUUCUUAAGAGAUGGUAUUCCAAUAUGGGUCGCAGUCAUAGGGUACAUCUUCUUCUCCAUUGUCUCAAUCGUCGUAAUUCCAAUCAUGUUCCCGGAGGUCAAGUGGUACUACAUAGUUGUCGCUUAUACUCUGGCACCUUCUCUUAGCUUUUGCAAUGCAUAUGGUGCCGGUCUAACAGAUAUGAAUAUGGCCUAUAACUAUGGGAAAGUGGCUCUGUUUGUGCUUGCUGCCAUGGCCGGUAAAAAUGAUGGUGUAGUUGCCGGACUUGUUGGUUGCGGUUUGAUCAAGUCUAUUGUUUCCAUCUCCUCUGAUUUGAUGCAUGACUUCAAGACUGGCCAUCUCACACUUACAUCUCCAAGGUCCAUGCUUUUAGGCCAAGCUAUUGGCACCGCCAUAGGCUGCAUUGUAGCUCCUGUCACAUUCUAUAUGUUCUAUAAAGCUUUCGAUCUCGCCAACCCAGAUGGUGAAUACAAGGUCCCAUAUGCUAUCAUAUAUCGAAAUAUGGCUAUCCUAGGAGUUGAAGGUUUCUCAGCUUUGCCUCAGCAUUGCUUGCAGCUAUGUUAUGGGUUCUUUAGCUUUGCCAUAGUAGCCAACUUGCUGAGAGAUCUUACCCCUAAAAAAUUUGGGAAAUGGAUCCCACUGCCAAUGGCCAUGGCUGUGCCUUUCCUCGUUGGGGCUUAUUUUGCAAUUGACAUGUGCGUAGGGAGCUUGAUCGUGUUCGUGUGGCACUAUUUAAAUCGUCAAAGGGCUGAAUUGAUGAUUCCGGCUGUUGCCUCUGGUUUGAUAUGUGGAGAAGGUUUAUGGAUUCUCCCUUCAUCAAUUCUUGCCUUGGCUAAGGUUCAUCCCCCAAUCUGCAUGAAUUUUUUCUCUUCUAAAAGUUGAAUCUGAAAAGAGCUUUGUAGUCUAGAAUAUAGACAAUUUUAUGCAUAUUCAAGAUGUAGAGAAGCUGCAAAGUCUUGAUAACUUUUAGAAUAAAAUACAGAAAGUUUCAAGCAGAUAGAAAUUGCAGCUACUAUGUUACUAUAUGCGUUAAAAGCUUAAUAAAAUAUUUUGACAAAUUGAAUCAAA